AUGAUUGCCAAGAAAAACAUAGAUGUUGCCAUUAUCGGCGGUGGACCCGGUGGUCUUGCCACGGCAAUAACACUCUCCGAGCUUCCUUUCAUGUCGGUCACGCUUUAUGAGCAGAACCCGGAGCCCCGAGAAGCUGGAGCAGGAAUCAGCCUGAGUACAAAUGCCUGGCGAGUACUCGACCUGCUCGGUGCCGGAAACCGCGUCAAGGGAGGCUCGAAACAAGACACCCACCAGAGGAACGCUUACACCGGGAGCAUAUUGAGCAUCACAAGGCAUCCCGAGCAUUCCGAUGCAGACAAUCGCGGUGCCAUCCGUGCUCGACGGACUCGGCUUCAGUCUGCUCUUCUGUCACGAGUACCAGAUGACGUAAUCUGCUUUAACAAGAAGGUGGUGGCCAUUGAGGAUGUGCAGACGGGCGGGGUCCGUCUGCUCUUCCAGGACGAGACCGAGGCAACUGCCGACAUUGUCGUCGGCGCAGACGGAAUUAAAUCGAUAGUGCGACGCGCCGUGUUCCCCGACCACCAGCUCCACUUCACCGGAAACGUAGCCUGGCGCACCCUCGUGCCGCGGACGGCCCUGGCCCACCUCCCAGACGUCACGCACGCGACGGCCUGGUGGUGGGGUGAGGAUGGCCAUGUCUACUUCUCGGAUGUGGAUGACGAGAGUGAAACCGACAACCCUUACUUUGAGAUAACCGUAAGAUCGUACCAUGAGCCUGAGAUCCAGGGUCAGACAGUGGUCUGGAGCAUACCAGCCACAAACGAGCGUGUUAGAUCUCGCUGCACGAAAUUUGACAAACGGGUGAGGGACGCCAUCGGCACCGUUCCUGAAGGCCAGUGGAGAGAGUUUGCUGGGUUUGCAGGGCCCCGUCUUGAUGCCAUUGUAGGAUGGGACAAGGUAGUGCUUAUUGGGGAUGCUAGUCAUCCCCUCUCAGGUGCUUUCGGUUCCGGAGCAACAUUUGCCAUGGAAGAUGCAUGGAUCCUAGCACGCGCCCUCGAGCGCACGCAGCAGUCACCGAGUCAAGUCCGGGACGCCCUGGCAAUCUUCGAUGCAAUCCGGUCUCCGUAUUAUGCAAGAAUGUACGAGCACCUCGACGACGCUGGCGUCAAGAUCAAGAAGUCCAAGGCCGAGGCGAAAGAUUUCGAUGAGGCUCUACGGGCCAAAAUCAAUUAUUUCCUUCUCGGCGACAAGGACUUCAUCUACAAGAAUGACAUUGCACGGAUUUGGAGCGACUAUGUGGCUGCACAGCAAAGCCGGGGAGACGGCGUAGAGGCAGACUAA